GGGGGUGGCGCGGGCGUGACGUCACUGCUCGCGACGCGGGAGUAGGAGCGGGGACCGGUGGGGCCUGGGUACCGGGAAUCCCGGGGAUAGAGGGCAGCCUGGUACCAUGUUCGGCUCCAGCCGGGGCGGCGUGCGCGGCGGGCAGGACCAGUUCAGCUGGGAGGAUGUGAAGACUGACAAACAGAGGGAGAACUACCUGGGAAACUCGCUCAUGGCCCCGGUGGGCCGCUGGCAGAAAGGCCGUGACCUCACCUGGUACGCCAAGGGCCGGGCGCACGGAGCGGGGCUGAGCCGGGAGCAGGAGCUGGCGGCAGUGAGGCAGGCGGAGCAGGAGGCGCUCAUGGCAGCGCUAGGCUACAAGAACGUAAGGAAGCAGCCCACGGGCCUGAGCAAGGAGGACUUUGUCGAGGUCUGUAAGCGGGAAGGAGGUGACCCUGAGAAGGGAGUAGACCGGCUCCUGGGCCUGGGGAGCUCCAGUGGCUCUGCAGGGCGAGUGGCGCUGUCCCGGGAAGACAAAGAGGCCGCUAAACUGGGGCUUUCGGUGUUCACGCACCACCGCGUGGAGAGCAGUCGGCCAGGGGUGGCUUCCCUAGCUUCUGCCAAGAGGAAGCCUCGUUCAGAGGAGGUGGAGCCCAGCCCUGAAAGCCACAAGAAAAGCAGGAAAGAGAAGAAAAAGAAGAAGAGGCACAAGAAAGAGAAGAAGAAGAAAGAAAAGGAGCAUGGGAGGGGACCAGAUUCCUCACUGCCUUCUGCUUCCACUCAGCAUGACUCUGACUCCUCGCCUUGCUGCAGGAGGAAGCGCCGGCACGACAGCGACUGAAGCCAAGGGAUCUGGAGGGCUGGCCUGUGGGGGUCAUCCCAGGCCCCCAGAGGGGGUUAGCUGUGGCCAAGUACGGCUACUUCCUCUUUUCUUUGUAUUGACUCACUCUUUGUACUUAAAUAAACUUAUUUUAAGUGGAAA